CGCCUGGCUGCAGACUCAAGGAGGGAAAAAUUGGAUGCUGACAGAAGGAGGGAGGGACUGGCUACAGACCCAGGGGGGGAAGGAUUGGUUGCAGACCCCGGGUGGGCUAGAAUGGCUGCAGUCCCCAGCCAUGGAAGCCUGGCUGCGGACUCAGGGUGGGCUAGACUGGCUACGGACUCAGGGUGGACGAGAAUGGCUGCAGACCAAGUGCGGGCGAGAGUGGCUGCAGACCACGAACGUGUUACACUGGCUGAAUACUCUGGGUGGACUGGAGUGGCUACAGACGCUGGACGUGCGGGAGUGGCUGCUAACCAGGCGCGGGGAACUUUGGCUAGAGAUGCGGGACUCGUGGGAGUGGUUGGGGACCCCGGGCGGGCGAGAUUGGCUGGAGACCUCGGACGGGCAAAGCUGGCUCGGGAACGGUAGAGACUGGCUGAAGACCAUGGCUGGGCGAACCUGGCUACUAACCGCGGACUGGUUACAGACUGCUAGCGGGCACGAUUGGCUGCAGACCCCGGAUGGGCAAGCCUGGCUGCAGAUCCCGGAUGGGCAAGCCUGGCUGCGGAGCUCAACCAUCCAAGUCGGGCCACGGCCCCUAGGUGUGCCCCGACAGACCCCACAUGUGAACUGGGCGCAGACCCUACGUAUGAACUGGCCGCAGACCCCAGGUGGGCGAGUCUGGCUGGGAACCUGGGGUGGGCGAGCCUGGUUGUGCAGACCUGACGGGGAAGCCUGGCUGCAGACCCAGGGCGGACGAGACUGGCUGAACACCCCGGGUGGGCGAGACUGGCAGAGACUAUUCAAUAUGGAGUCAGAUAUUCUGAAGACCACAGUUAAGUUCGGCUCGCUGCAGGACAUAAAAUUCCUCCUACAGAGCAUGGAUAGCCAAGAGUCGCUGAACCCGAGCGGGAGCGACUGGCUGCGGACCCAGGACGGACUAGACUGGCUGCAGACGCCGGGCGGGAGUAAUUGGCUGCAGACCACGAACGGGGAAGAGUGGCUGCAGACCCAGGACGGGCGAGAUUGGUUGCAGACUGUGGGCGGGAGAGACUGGCUGCAGACCCUAAAUGGGCGUGCCUGGAUGACAUCUUCGGACGGGCGUGCCUGGCUACAGACCUCGGGCGGGCGAGAGUGGCUGCAUACCGCUGGCGGGUACGCCUGGAUGCGGUCCCCGGGUGGACGAGGUUGGCUGCAAACUCCAGGUGUGCAAGAGUGGCUGCAGACCCCGGGCGGGCGGCAUUGGUUGCGCACCCUGCCAUACUCACCCCUAUCCCCCCGCCUUCUGCUAUCCCCCGUACCGUUUGUGUUGACCCCACAGCCAUCCCCACAACCACGCCCAAACAAGGAAGACCAGCUACAGACCUCAGACGAAGGAGCCUGGCUGAAGGUCCCAGGUAGCCUACGCUGGCUGCAGACCGUUGAUGGGCGAGAAUGGAUGCAGUAUCGUGGAGGGUGGGACUGGCUGCAGACCCGCAGUGGGAGAAAUUGGCUGCAGGACACAGGCGGUCAAGACUGGCUGCAGACCUCUGGCGGGCAAGACUGGUUGCAGACCCAGGGUGGGCAAAACUGGCUACAGACCCACGGUCGAGAUUGGCUGCAGACCCAGGGUGGUCAGGACUGGCU